GCAAGAUAUAACAAGUCUUUUGAUUGGUCUCUUAAGGCAACAAUGAUGGGAAAGAAAGCAAUAGAAUCUGCUCGGAUCUUUGUUGAAGAGACUGGGAUCAGUGAUUCACUUUCAGCUGAGGAUUUUCUUGUACAAAGAGAGGAGAUGCUGCAGAAAUUGUUUCCAUCAAGCGAGCUCAUGCCAGGGGCUAGCUGUUUGAUUAAACAUCUUCAUGCAAAAGGAAUACCAUUUGCCUUGGCAACAGGAAGUCACAGGCGGCAUUUUGAGCUAAAAACAAAGACAUGGUGAGCUUUUCAAAUUGAUGCAUCAUAUAGUCCUUGGUGAUGAUCCAGAAGUUAAAAAAGGCAAGCCAGCACCAGAUGUAUCUCUAGCUGCUGCUGGAAGAUUUGAGGGUGGACCAGUGGAUUCACAUAAGAUACUUGUAUUUGAAGAUGCACCUUUAGGAGUUCUUGCAGCCAAGAAUGCUGGGAUGUCAGUAGUUAUGGUUCCAGAUCCACAGCUUGAUAACUCUCACCAUGAUGCAGCAGACCAAGUUCUGAGCUCCCUUUUGGAUUUCAACCCAAGAGAAUGGGGUUUGCCUCCAUUUGAAGAUGGAGAAAGCUAAACAGGAACACCGUUUGCAGUGGUUAUUUGAGUGGCUCUUUUCCCCUAGCCCCAAACUGAAGAAGCAUUCUUUCUGUAUUUUGUCUGAUUGAACGCUAUAGGCGAACACCUUGACAUUUGAUGCAUUGGUUGCCAUGCAUUAUUUACAUUACAUUUCUAAAUUAUGGUAUGGAUGCUUAAUAAUUAUGAUAAUUUAGG